UGUUUAGCUGCUGUCCUUAACUUAACUUAACGCUUGACUUCACUUGUUAAUUUAAGUGUAAAUAAUGAUGUUAUUUUAAGUUUGGGCAAAAAAGAGUCGUGCUGUGGUCUUAAAGUGUUUAUGAAUAAAUUUCAAAAUGCGAUCAUUAAUAUUAUUAAUGAUAUUGACCGUGACCUGUGUUCUGAGCUAUGAUGAAAAAUACGACUCACUUGAUGUCGAUGCUAUUCUAGCUGAUGAUCAACAUUUCACUUCCUACCUUGAUUGUUUCCUUGAUAAGGCACCUUGCACUACCGAGUACUCAAAGGAAUUCAAAGAAUUAUUACCGGAAGUUAUAAAGACAGCUUGCGAAAAAUGCUCUGAUACACAAAAGGUGAAAGUGAGGAAAUUUGUAAAAGCGAUCUUUGAAAAAAAAGCAGAAAUGGCCCAAGAAUUUCGAACAAAGUUCGAUCCUACUGGGGAGUACGAGCCGGCAUUCUUGGCUUUCUUAAAGCAAAAUAAAUAAUAAUAAUAAAUACCCUUUUAAAGACUUGAAGAUUAAUAUUUUUUUUGACUAAUUUAUAAAUGGUUUAUAUCUAAUUUUUUGUUGAUUUUUUUUUCAAUUCUGUGAUCUUGUUCAUGACAUAACCAUUAACCAUGCCUUUUAUAUUUAAGACAUUUUAAGGUAAAUUCAAUACCAUAUGUAUACACGUUUAAUGGAUUAAAACUUUAAAUAUAAA